ACUCCCCUCUCCUUCCUUGACUGCACAGUUCACACACUCACCUGCUCGUCGCGAGCGCAGGCGCCGCCGCCUCCCUGCCCAGCCGCCUCCCUUCGCCGUGCGGCCGCAACGCUAUACGCCGCGGGCCUUCUGAGACGAUACGAAUCCCCCGCCCGAGCGCCGCCUUCUUCCGGCCCCAAGCUGCCGCCGCCGCCGCACGUCGGUGCCUCCCCACCAUCUCCGGCGGCCGAGGCCCACUCCUCGACCCUGGAGCACACAAUUUGUGGUUCCGCAACUACCUCCAUGUCUCUUACCCCACUUUCCUUUGCCGCGCCCCCCUCCUCCUGCUCCGCCUCCUUGCCGUUGCUACCCAGAUGGCCGUGUCGGAUACCUAAGCGGGCUAGGGCCUGCCGCCGCCUGGCUGUGCGGGCAGACGUCAAGGUGAUAUCGUCCGGCGACGCUUGCCGCCGUGGACUCGCCGCCGGCAUAAACAAGCUCGCCGACGCCGUCGCGGUCACUCUCGGCCCCAAAGGGAGGAAUGUUGUCAUCGACCAAGACGAUGUCCCUAAAGUAAUUAAUGAUGGUGUAACAAUUGCCAAGGCUAUAGAACUGCCAAAUGCACUUGAGCAUGCAGGUGCCAUGUUACUUCAAGAGAUAGCAUCCAAGACAAACAGUACUGUUGGUGAUGGAACCACAACAGCAAUAAUUUUAGCCCGAGAAAUCAUCAACCUUGGGUUGUUGGCAGUUGCCAAUGGUGCUAACCCAGUUGCUCUGAGAAAAGGCAUUGACAAAGCUGUUCAUGAACUGAUAGGGAUCUUAAAGACUAAGUGUAUCCCUGUGAGUACAAAGGAGGACAUAAAAGCCGUCGCUUCAAUAUCAGCUGGUAAUGAUGAAUAUGUUGGCAAUCUCAUUGCUGAUGCAUUGGAGAAGAUAGGUCCUGAUGGAAUAAUCAAAAUUGAGUCCUCAUCUUCAAUAUACACUACAGUUGAGGUGCAAGAAGGGAUGAAGAUAGACAAGGGUUAUAUUUCUCCUCAUUUCAUCACAAAUCCAGACAAAGCAAUUGUUGAAUUUGAAAAUGCUAGAGUGCUUUUAACUGAUCAACGGGUGAAUGAAAUCCAAGAGAUACUUCCUUUGCUGGAGAAGACCACACAGUUGAGUGUCCCUCUGUUGAUUAUUGCCGAGGAUGUUUCGCAUACAGUGUACUCAACUCUGGUUCUUAACAAACUGAAUGGAUUACUAAAUGUCGCGGUGGUCAAAUGUCCUGGUUUGGGAGAUGAAAAGAAGGCUAUUCUUCAAGAUAUUGCUAUUAUGACAGGUGCAGAUUUCUUUGUUAGUGACCUUGGUUGGGGUCUUCAAGCUAUUACUUCUGAUCAGCUAGGUAUGGCUCAGAAGAUCACCAUCACGAGUGAAUCUACAACUAUAAUUGCACACCCCUCAAUGAGACCAGAGAUUGAGGCCAGGAUUAUGCAACUAAAGAAAGAUCUAGAGGAGACAACAAGUGCCUAUCUUAAAGAAAGGUUUUCUGCAAGAAUUGCUAAACUCUCAAGGGGUGUUGCAGUUAUCAAGGUCGGAGCAGCUACUGAAGCUGAACUUGAGGAUAGGAAACUGAGAGUUGAGGAUGCAAAGAAUGCAACUUUUGCAGCCAUUAGUGAAGGCAUAGCACCUGGUGGUGGUGUAACAUAUGUUCAAUUGUCAAAGCAUAUUCCCAGUAUCAUGGAUCUCGUGGAUGACCCAGAAGAGAAGAUUGGUGUAAAUAUAGUUGGGAAGGCGCUCCUUGUCCCUGCUAUGAUGAUUGCUCGCAAUGCUGGCGCAGAUGGUUCAGCUAUUGUAGAGAAGCUUCUUGAGAGCGAGUGGCGAGUUGGGUACAACGCGAUGACCGACAAGUUUGAAGACCUCGUCGAUGCCGGUGUGGUCGAUCCGUGCAGGGUUGCCAGAUGCGUGCUCCAGAACUCAGCCUCCAUCUCGGGGCUAAUUCUAAUGACUCAAGCUAUGAUGUUUGAUAAAAUAAAGAAGAAAAAGUCACCCAUCCCUGAAAUUCCUGGCCUCCCACCAUUACAGAUAAAUCAAAAUGCUUAGGUCUGAGUGAUUCUUAUCCUACUAUCCAAGAAUGCUCCACAAAACAAAGAUUCUUGGUCCUGGCUAGAUUGAUUGGAUGAGGUGAGCCAAGAUCUGGGAGGGAGACCUUCAAGCAAACCACACUGGCUACAGUAACUGUUGACAGAUUUUGUUGAUACGGUUCAGGGGUUUGGGGUACUGUAAUUUCAACUGUAACUAGGCAGAGGGAAAGGUCCUACACUAUCCUGUCGUCCAUAGCUCUGUUAUCUCUCUGUAGUGAUGUUAGGUGGUGCAGUAUUUUUCAUCUCUGCACAAUUUUGUAACACGUAAUAUAGGAUGCCUAGGCUGUUAUGUCAAUCUCUUCAAGUUUAAGUAGCGUUUUCUUUUUACUUCUGAUAA